AUGACAGAUCGCACAUGCGGUCCUCAGAAUGCGAGGUUUGAUGGAGGUCUCGGUAAUGUAAAUCCCGAUGACCUUGCGAGAGAAUUCAACAAGAUUCCAUUAUUCAUGACCGAACUCCCCGAAGAAGAUAAUGACACACUGGCUGCAUUACAGAGUUUGAUUUAUGAUGGUCCGGCUGAAGAAGUUGCCGAGAAUUUCAAGAAUCAGGGAAAUGAAGCAUUCAAAUCUGGUCGUGAGCAUUACCAAGAUGCAAACACUUAUUACACAAAGGCAUUGGAAGCCCAGUGCAAUGACAUGAAAUUGAUCGAAAUUAUUUAUGUAAAUCGCGCUGCCGUUAAUCUGGAGUUACGUGAGGUUUUAAAUGAUUGCGCACAGGCUCUAAAGCUUAAUCCGAGAAAUGUAAAGGCUUACUAUCGGUCUGCAAAAGCACUUUAUGCACUUGAUAAGAUCGAGGAAGCUCUUGAUUGCUGUGAAAGGGGUCUACAGAUCGAACCGCAAAAUAAAGCCUUUCAAACCGAGAAGCAAAAGUGUUUGAAGCGUAAAGAAGUCCUGGAUCAAAAGAGACGUGAGAAGAAUGAACGUGAUCGGAAAGAACGCGAAACUAAGGAGGCUAUCGACAAAGCCAUCAAUUCUCGCGGCAUCCGUACGAAAACUACAUCUGAUGCCCCCUCAACAGAUGCACAAGUGCAUCUAGACCCUGAAAACCCGGAUAGGUUAAUUUGGCCGGUAUUCUUCCUAUACCCUGAAUAUCGCGAAUCUGAUUUUAUAAAUCAGUUCCAUGAAGACAAUACUUUUCUCGAUCAUCUCGAGGUGAUGUUCGAGUCGGCUGCACCUUGGGAUAAGGAUUCCAGAUAUACACCCAAGACGAUAAAGAUUUAUUUUGAGACCGAUUCAGAUGACGGAGACAAAGUUACGCUGGUGAAUACUGAAAAAGAAGUUACUUUAGGUGAAGUGUUAAAGAACAAGAAAUAUGUUGUCAAGAAUAGAAUACCGAGUUUCAUAAUAUUAACAGAUGAUCGAUUUGGCAAAGAAUUCGUUUCUCGAUAUCAAAUGCGAUAA